AUGGUGAAGCCCCUUAAAAGUAAAUUUAAAGUACACAAAAACCAAAUAAAUUGAAGGAAAAUCUCUGAAAAAGUUUCCUUUCCUAUAGGGCUUUCAUUCCGUAUUAUUGACAUAUUUUUCCAUUUAAAAUAACUGAAAACAAAAAGUUAAAUCGACGAAGAUUACAUUGAAAAUUACAACGCCUUCAGCUCAACCAUCUUGAACGGAGGCCGGUCUCACAACGAAAAGGAAAUUUUAGGCAAAGCGCGCGCACUUUUCGCGCGUUCAAUGCUUUGACUUUUUGCUCAACAAAUGGGUCAAAUACUGCACUAGACGAAUUUUCCAAUUGCGGUUUUCAACAUUUAGGUCGGCAACUACAACGAUUCAAGCUACGAACACGCUGCAAACGCCGAAAUAGUAUGUAAUUUUUUUAAAAUCCAAAUAACGUAUAGAAAUGGAAUGGGUGGUUAUAUUUAUUUAUUCUCUGAAGUGUAGUAGCGUUCUUAUAAACCUGACAAACAACUACGUAACAGAAACAUUUCAUAGUUUCUUUCAAUUCUCCAGAUGAGCUUUUUAAAGGCGCAUGAACACACUCUUAAGACGCAAAAUUAACAAUAUUAAGCUUAUUUUUCCGAUUGAUCAGUGCAUUCACACCAACGAAAGCAGAAAAUUUUCGAACUUCUGCAAAACCGCUCAAUCAUGUCGUGUUUAGAUCAGUUUUGCGAAAUUCGAGUUCUUCUGAGUUUCUAAAAAUUAAAAAUAAAAGAGAAAUUGUAUCAUUUUUUACUACGUAGUAUACGGCUCCAUUUUCGAAUUUCGCGAAACUACUUUGAACACGAAAUUAAAUAGAGAGGUUAUUUUAGUGUAUAAUUUGAAACACAGUUUCAGGCCGUUUUGGCUUCAAUUCGCAAAAUAUGAUUUUUUUUUUUUCGAAAGCAAAGUCACAAAAUCAUUUGAGUCUUUUUGGAGUCUAAUUUACUUUUUUCUUCAAUCCGUUUUCAGAUCAUGGCAGGCCCCCAACAAAGUUAUCAAUUUGAUGACGAUGAACUGAACAACUUGCAGUCAUCUGGAAAGUCGUGCGAUCGUUUACGUCAGGCUCUCAAGCGUUGCAUUAAAGAGUCUUACUGUGUCCAGGAACAAGCUCGUUCUGCUAAGGAUUGCAUAAACGCACAUGACGGUUCAGUCCCUGAUAAGUGUUUCUCUUUGUUAAAUAAUUUCACUGACUGUAAAAAGUCUUUAGUAGACAUGAGAUCGAGAUUCAGAGGGCGCAAAGGUGA